GCGGCAGCGGCCGGGCCCCUCCAGCAGCGCUGGCCGGGCCCUGGGAGGCGGUGGGGCGGGCAGGGCCGGGCGGUAGGGCCCCGCCGGCGACCCGUGAGGAGCGGGGGGCGGCGGGGCGGUCCGAUCCGAUGCGGCGGCGGGGCGCUGAGGCGGCGCGGCGGGCAGGAUGCACCAGAAGCUGCUGCGGAGCGCGCACUACAUCGAGCUGGGGAGCUACCAGUACUGGCCCGUGCUGGUGCCCCGUGGCAUCCGCCUCUACACCUACGAGCAGAUCCCCGUCUUCUUGAAGGACAACCCUUACAUCACCGACGGCUACCGGGCCUACCUGCCCUCCCGCCUCUGCCUCAAGAGCCUCUUCAUCCUCUCCAACGAGACCGUCAACAUCUGGAGCCACCUGCUCGGCUUCAUCCUCUUCUUCACCCUGGGCAUCUACGACCUGACGGCUGUCCUGCCGGCCGCCGGCGCCUCCCGAGAGGACUUCGUCAUUUGCUCCGUCUGCCUCUUCUGCUUCCAGGUCUGUAUGCUUUGCUCAGUAGGAUAUCAUCUUUUCUGUUGUCACCGCUCAGAGAAGACCAGCCGGCGAUGGAUGGCAUUAGAUUAUGCAGGAAUUUCCAUUGGUAUCCUGGGCUGCUAUGUCUCAGGCGUGUUUUAUGCAUUUUAUUGCAAUAAUUACUGGCGUCAGGUAUAUUUAAUCACUGUGCUGGCAAUGAUCUUGGCAGUAUUUUUUGCUCAGAUUCAUCCCAGUUACCUCACACAACAGUGGCACAGGCUGCGCUCCAUCAUCUUUUGCUCAGUGUCUGGAUAUGGAAUCAUUCCCACCAUCCACUGGGUUUGGCUCAACGGUGGCAUAGGAGCAUCUAUUGUACAGGAGUUUGCUCCGCGUGUAGUUGUCAUGUACUUCAUCGCUGCUGUAGCUUUUCUCUUCUAUAUUUCCAAAGUUCCAGAAAGAUACUUCCCAGGACAGCUGAACUACCUCGGCUCGAGUCAUCAAGUAUGGCAUAUCCUUGCAGUGGUGAUGCUGUACUGGUGGCAUCAAUCCACCGUGUACAUCAUGCAAUAUCGACACAGCAAGCCCUGUCCUGAGUAUAACACAGACUUGUGAGUGAAGAGGUGCUGUGAUGAAAUUUCUGAUUUUGCGGGUCUGGACCUUACCUGACAAGCUGAGCUAUGGAGUUAAGCACUGAGGCAGUUCCUUUUCUGAGUGCUGGACUGUUACCUGCUUACUGGGACAGUAUGUUAUUACGAGUUUUGAGAAAACCAACAGCAUUGCCCAGGAUCUGAGAUGCAUUCUUGGUGUUCUGCUAUCAAGUACAAAUGGGUCUUCCUGGAGUGGGGCAAUGGAAAGCUGGGCUGUAAAACUCAGCGUUCCGAUCACAGCAGUAUUUUUUUUUUCUUGGUAAACACUAACAACAAAAGUAAGUGCCCUUGCUGAGCUAAUGGGCCUGUAUACCAGGUUUUUAGGUUUUGUGUAAGUGCAUAAUUAAGAAACUGCUCCGGACAGCGUGCUUGUAAAACCGUGAUAACUGUGGGACCUGGUCUUGGAUCUAAAUCACAGCGAUACAGUGUGCUGCGUCCUUCAGAGUCUUUGAAUGACAUGCUUACGCUUCAGCUUCGGUAUGGUAACAUGUAAAACCGCAUUUUGUGGACUCUUGUACUUUUCUGGAUGAGCUCUUUUCCUUUUUCUGGAAGAUCACGUCAUCCACCAGAGCUGUAUCUUCAUUUCAGAUCUUAAAAGUUGCUUCCUCCAGUCUGGAUAGCACCAUUACUUCAAGAAAUUUCUCUAGAUCCCUUCAGUAAUAUGGAAUUAGUAUUCCAAAAUGUUUCAGGAGUAGUACUAUGUUUGUUACUAUCAUGCAAUGGGUAGAGAUACUAAGAAUUUUUUUUAGUUAAAUUUGUUUAUCAGGAUGAAAUUAACACACCCCGAGCAAUGAACAUGCCGGGGAUUCAAGUCACUGAACUUUGGCUUUUUAACGUGCGACAUAUUAUAAUGUACUUGCAGACUUUGUUCCGGAAAAUGACUUAUUGCCAUAAGCUUGCCACAGUAAAAAGGUUGCCUUGGGUUUUAGAAUCUGCUGUGAAACCAUCUCCUACAAACUUAAUGCUAGGGAGAUAUGAAACGCACAGGUUAUCAGAUAGCUGUAGCACAGCAUAAUUAACCUCAAUGGGUGCCAGUUGUUCAAACAGGAUUGGAAUUCUUUGCAUUUCUGGGUUAGAAUCAGCAUUUUUAAGUGACUUCUGUGUAGCAGCUGUACUUGUGUUUACAGUUCAGUUGAGCAGCAGUAGCAAAUGCUACUGCUUUGCACCAUCAAGUGUUAGUCAGCAUUAGCCAUUGGGAGAUUCCUCUGCUUGCCUCAAGAUGCAGUUACAACUUAAUCCCAAGUGACUAAAGCUUGGGAACAGAGCUGUUGAAGGACCCGAUUACAUUGGUAUGGCUAGCGUUAGAAAGCAGAAGGUAGCCCAAGUAUUUCUGCUUUGACUACAGGCUGUUCUGAGAUUAGGAACUGUCCUCGCUGACCUUGCUACACUUCCCCUUGUUACCUGCAGCGUGGCCUUCGAUAGUGUCCCAGCAUCUUCUCGCAUUUUUUGUGAUCGUCUGACAACAGCCAGCUUCAUACACACCAAUAAGGGCCUUGUAAGAUUUCAGACAAGUUGUCUUACACCUGAGGCCAAGGAAGAGACCGCCCUGCCUCACAGCAGGUAGGAGAACCUUGGGCAACCAUGGUAAAAGCUGUGUAACACGGGGGAAGCCCUUAACAAACUGUUGGCCUUGUCUAUGCUAUGCCAUUGGCUCUUCCCUCAGAGAGGGUUCUCACCCGAUGGAUUUUAGCUGAUGCAGCGGGGGAGAGGCUGGCUUCCUGCAGUUCCCUCCAUGGGGUGGGCAGGCUGCUCUUAGGUCCCCCCAAAGCUGUCUGCUGCCCGGGCUGAACGAGCCCAGCUCCCUCAGCCUUUCUCGUUAGGGCUGUGCCAAGGACAUAUGGACUAGCGACAGAAACCAUCAGGCACCUGCACACUCAUCGGGGGUGGAGAAGGCAGGACGUGAACUCUGCUGGUGUGCUGGAGAGUAAUGCUCACAGUGUUAAGUUCAGCAGGUUGUUAUGGGAUGGGGGUUUUUCAACUCCAGAGACAAGUGGUGGAAAGAAUUGACUUUGCAUUUAAGAUUCAACUCCCAGACCUUUGAGCCUUUCAGUGUAGACACUGAUUUUUUUUAUUUUAUUUAUUUUUUUAAACUUGACAACCAAGCAAGUUUCAAGUGCACUAAUUACUACUACUGAAGCCUGACAAAGAACCUGCAGCUUUAAAAGCCUGUUUCCAGUGUUAUGUGAACAAUACUACUUGGAGAAUGUGUGUGUAUUGAAAGCCUACUAAUGUUAUAGUUUGCUAAUGUAUUUUUUUUAAUGUAAACUCUUAACUACUCUGGCAUUUUUCACUGGAUAAGGAAAUUGACUGCAAAGCUGUACAUUUUUAUUACCCUGACAAAAUUUAUCAAAGCUGCAUGGUGAUCUUUUAUGUACAUACUGAACCUGUAAAUAAAUCUCAGUUCAUUGGA